AACUCUGUGGACGACAGUUUCACAUAAGGACUUUCUCUCUUGAAUUACAGAAAGAGGUUGUGCAAACUGUCAUUGAGGAAACACUUCUGCAUUUAAAAAAAAAAAAAAAAUUGGGUAAUUGUCUCCGUUUUUCCCGUGGAUGCUCAGCUGUUUUCAUCUCGUCCCAAAAAUUCAGUGAGCUUUUUCUUUGUAUUUGUGCUAGUUCUGUUUUGGUAUGGGUUUUAUUUUUAUGAUACUGCAAAACCUGUAGGCCUUUCUCUGUUUCUGCGGAUUGUUUUCCAAGAGAUUCUUAUUUGCUUUUUCACUUCAUUGAGCGAAUGGUACCUCUUCAGUAUCUUCCCAGCCAGAAUCUUUGAGACCAUUUGCUUGUCUUUCACUCCAGACUGAUGGUAUCUUUUUCUAUGCUCUGACAACAUCAUAUGAUGAAAAAGCAAUGUCCACCCUUAUAUUAAGGCCUUUGGUUUAAGCUGCAUUUGUUUUUUAGUUUUGACGACUCCAAGUUGGAAAGCUGAGUGCACUUCUUUUUGUAUUUUUCAAUCUUUGUCUGAGAUUCUUCUAGCUUCUUUUGGAUUGUACUAAGGUCAUGAUAGAUUUUUGUUCUGUUUACCUUCACUUUUUUUCUGUCCUUGUCUGUGGGGUGUUUCAUGAUGUGCACUUGAACUUUCAGGACAUUCUUGGAAACGUUGAGCAUCAUUCUGCCCCUGUCGCUGGUCUACUGGAGACUCAGGGAGGCUGUUGCUUGCUAAAUACUACUGUCUUUCCUGCCUUAUCCUAUCACUAUUAUUUCGUUGGUUUCCACUGUCUGUGUUUAUGUCUUUUUUCCCAUUUUGAAAGCUAGGAGAUUGUUUUAAGCUUUCCUGUCUCUUUUCUUUUUCUGUAUCUUUCCUUUUCUCUUGCAACUUUUGAUAUUUCACAGGAUCUUCCAUGACUUUGUCUCUGUAUUUUCUAGACUGGUGUGCUGCCAUCUUCGGGGCCAUAGUAUCUUAAAGAGAAAUAAUGAAAAUUUAAGUUUGGUUACAAAAAAGAUCAAAGAAGAAAUCAAAAUAUUACAAAAGAAAUCCCAACAUAUUAGAGAAUAAACUGAUAGGAUGUCAUUACCAUCAUCAGGUGCCAUUACCAUCACAACUAGAAAUGUGUUGGUAAUGACAUUUAUUAGUUUUGGGGGAAAAAGAGGCUAGCUCAUGGUUUUGCUAACACUACUUUGUAGCUAACAUAAGAUGGUAAUGAUGGUGAAUAAGCAUACUCUUUGAUCAGAAGGAAUAAAUGAUUAAAUUACUCACUUUUGUCAACAUCAAAUCUUCAGUCUUCUCUCAUGGCAGGCAUGUAGCCUACUCCUGUCAGAUAUUACUUCCAUAGGUAAAACAUAAACAGGUGUUACUGCCAAAAGAUCCCCCACAGAAACAAUAUGCUGUGAUGGCAAUGACGGGAAUGUUGGGGACAGCGAUAUAUUGUCCAAAAAUAUAUACAAAUUGUACAGAUGUAAACUAAAUUAAUAUAGCUCCUACCUUUUAAAGCUACUAUGAAGACACACAAUGAGAAAUGUGUAUGAUCUGAUCACUUUUCAUGACUUUAUUAAAGAGAAGUUUAAAAGUCUGGGUUGGGGCCAAGGCCAAAGUAUUAAAGUACUGGAAUUUCAAACAAACAAACAAAUAAAUAAGGCAUAAUUUUUUUGGUGCAGUAAAUUUUUUUCAAGGCAAAAUAUCUAUUGUUUUUAAUUACUAAACAGUUUGUUUCAUAGUUAAGUGCUUUUAGAUGAAUUUGUGGUCUAGGGACAUAAAUGUGCCUCCAUUUGGAGAAUCACGCAUAUAUUUGGAUUUUUGUCUUCAAUAUAUUUCGAACGGUGUGUGCAAAAAUAUUAACACGUGUACCAGUAAACAGCUACAGCUUUUUCCCCAAUAACUGGUACUUUUUAAAACCCCGAGCAUACGUUGAUUUCUGUGGAGACCCGUAGCAGCGAUAAUAGCUAAGGGACCGUCUACAAAUUACGUUAAGUCUCAUUUUACGUAAAAUCCAUACGGCCUAUACAGUGACGGCGAAUUGAAGCCUCCUGAAGCAUUGAAGCUUUCCUCUUAAAUGCAACGAAAAACUUUUAACUUGUGGAAACUUUUCAACACAUUGCGCGCUAGUGGCAGCUGGUGGUCAAAACCAUGAAGUGUAGCUCCUAUUAGAUGCUGCAGUGGGGUUUUGGGUCCCAGCUAAGAAAUCUGUGCAUUCCAAUGCUUUGAUUUUUUUUUUUUUUUUAAACAGUGAAGACAACUGGUAACAUUAAGUAAUGCUGUGUAUUACUUAAUAAAGAAAAAACUUUAUGUUUGUAUAUUUUUGUUAUAUUUUUGUUUUAUGCAGCCUGCAAGCUUAGAUCUUACAUAUAAUUAAUAUAAAUUUCUUAUAAAAAGUCUUAUUUGUAGAUAUCAGUUCAAAUUUUCAGAUAAUGCACCAUGUCACAAAGAAAAGUCUUCAAUUUAUUCAGAUACACAUAUUGCAUCUUAUUUUUGUCUUUUUCAGGUUUACAUUAGCACACACUGUUUAUGCUAAUGAGUUUCAGUAAUGUCAAACAUAUGAUGCCCACCGUGCGAUUAUGUGACGUCAUAUGUUUAACAUUACUGAAUCUUAUUAUUGUAAUGUGCUGCAAAGCGUGCAACAGUGCUGAGUAUGAAAUUGAUGGAGAAUGCUGUCCUAUGUGCGCUCCUGGUCACCAUGUGUUAAAACACUGCGACAGUAAUUCAGGCACGAGGUGUAAAGUGUGCAUUGGAUCAACCUACACUGAUGUCCCGAACGGUCUGAUGGCAUGUCUCAGCUGCACUGUGUGUGAUGAAGGUAAUGGAUUAAGGGUAAAGCGUAAGUGUUUAUACAAUUCAGAUGCACUCUGUGAGCCUUUGCCAGGAUAUUAUUGUAUAGAAACUCAUGGCGAGAGCUGCAGAAAAGCCAGAGAGCACUCCACCUGCCUUCCUGGACAGCACAUCUACCAGAUCGGAACAUCUUUAAUGGAUACAGUAUGUAAGGAUUGCUCUGAGGAGACAUAUUCAGAUGGUUCUUUAAUGCAUUGUGAACCACAUACAAAUUGUGAGUCUUUGGGGCAGAUAACAAUCACACAGGGAACAAAGUCGAGUGAUGCAGUGUGCAGCCAUAAACCAACUCAUCUGGGCCUCAUCAUUGGGAUUUUGUUGUCCUCAUUGCUGUUGCUGAUCGUUAUUUUAUGUGUUUUAUUAUGGAAGAAAAAGAAAGAUUUAACAUGCUGUAGAAAUCGUUUAUACUGAGAAGAAACAUUUUAUACAGUGUAGGUGUAUGUGUAUAUACACGUGUGUAUACUUUGUACAAAAUUUUACACAGUAUUAUAUUUGUAAUUUUUUUAAAUGAAAAAGCUAUUUUUCAUUUUUAUAUUUGUUUGAAUAAAGUGGGUGCGUCUGAA